AUGUCCCGCCCAUCGUCCACGUCGACGUACUCUGGCACCAAUGCAUUUCCCAAGCAGGCAGGCACCGCCCUCCUAUCACCGGAAAAUGCCGGAGAGCAGCUCUCGCCCUCACCCUCGCAGUUCUCCUUUGCAUCGUCGCCACAGUCAGUCCAGAACAUCGAGCUUGACUCCCGCGACCGCGCUCGUACUCCUGCCGCCGACGGUGUCGGUCCCCUGCGACCCGUGACUUCCCGCUCCCGUGCUGCCUUCUAUGAAGAUCAAUUUUCAUACAAGGACGGUAUCGCGUCGUCGGCUCGCGAGCGUGUGACCAAGGAUGCGCCUAUUGUAGCCGAGCUGCGGACAAAUGUUAUCAUCAAAGACGAAUACACCCUAGUCACCGACCUCUCGCACCACCUCUCGACGCGCUACCAAAGGCCAGAAGCCUCCAUCAUGAUAACGGUUAACCACUCGGCGUGUAUGCUCUUGGGUGGAUCCUUUGAGCCCACGUACAUGCUCACUAUCAACGCUCUGCCAGUGCAAUUGCAGCCUACGACCAACAAGCGCAAUGCAGCCCUGAUCCAAACAUUCAUGGCCGAGUCCAUCGGCGUGUCGUCAGACCGUGGCGUAGUCAAGUUCGUGCCUAUUCCCGAAGAGAGCCUCGCCAUGAAUGGUAUGACCGUUUUGGGCGAUAUUGAGCGCCUCGAACGACAGCAAGCCGAGGAGACUGGCAGCAACAUCAAACGUGCCAUGACCAAGAGCUCGCGCAGAUCCGCCCACAAGGCAAAGAGUAGCAAUAUGCUCUCUCGUGGUCUGUCCAAAGCUGACCAUAGCGCAAGAACCGUCACCUCUGAGGUUUCUCACGAUGCGUCCCGCGACUCCGGAAUAGCUGUUAACGAGAAGAUUGACGAUAGCAGAAUUGCUAGCAAGAAGUCUGAGCCAUUACUCUCCAAGUUCAGCAGGAAGCCCUCUACCUCGCAUCCGGCGCCACCACCUAUUCCUGCCGACAGGCCUGUCACCCCAGCAGUCAACAAGCGCAAGAGCUUCAUGAACGUCUUCCGCAGAUAA